UAUAAAUGAAGUGGGUUCACUUAAUAUAAUACUUUAAAUACAUAAGUGUACAGUUGAAAGUUGAUCUGCUUAAAAUACAUGAAUUAGGUUUUUACAUGCGAACAAGGAAUUGUAUUGUUUACAUCUAGCAAAAUGUACUUGUUAAUAUAAUUGCUUGUAUUCAAGCAUAUUGGAUUAAUGCAAAAUGGAUUUCAGAAAAAUGAUGCACACAGUUUUGGGCUUAGUCUGUACAGCUGUGUAUUGGUUAUGUGUACUCGUUGCAGCAACAACCAAAGGACCAGUAGACAAAAGAGUGACAGUCAAUUAUACAAAUAAAAGUUUGACAGAGGUGCCAAAAAAUCUAUCGGUUCACAUUAACGUUCUUAUCCUUGAUCAAAACGAAAUACAAAUAAUCGAAAACGGCACUUUUAAAAAUUUAAGUGUACUUAUCAAACUAACAAUUAAUAACAACAAAUUGAUAAUUCUACAGCCUAGCGCAUUCGAUGGAUUAGACUCAUUACAAACACUAGAGCUAGCCGGAAAUAAAUUAAAUUUAUCAGUGUUCACUCCAACACUUUUUAGAUUUAUUGCAACGUUAAGAGUGCUCGACGUCAGUAGAAAUAUGAAUUUUUCUGACCGUACAAGCUUGACGCAUUAUCCAGAUAGAGCGUUUGCUACACUAAUAAACUUGGAAGAUUUUACUAUUGAUCUUGCACCAUUCCCUAUCUUUGGACCGGAAUUCAAGAAAAUGGAAAAUCUUCAAAGAUUGGAGUUUAGCCAUUGUCAGGUACGAGAAAUUAAUAACAGCACGUUUUCAAAUUUUAACUCAAGUGUUAAAUAUCUGUAUUUGUGGAAAUGUCGACAUUUCGUAAAAGUAGAAAAUGGAAUACUAGAACCUUUCCCACAUCUGAAAGUGUUAGAUAUAUCAAACACGUACAUGCAUCCAAUCCAAGCUUUCUAUCUUCUGAAACCGUUAGCAAAUAGUUCUAUGGAAAUUAUCAACUUUAAUCAUGUAAAUGACGAAUCAAUAACAACCAACAGUACGUACAGGUAUGAGGUUAUAAUUACUAAGGACUUAAUGCAAUAUUUGAAAACAAUUUGUGUGGAGGCUAUCGAUGUUUCAAACAAUAAUAUUAUAGACUUUGAAAAUGGAUCACUUUUAACAUUUGAUAGACCAGAAUGUCUUUUUGAAAUUUCAUUGUCUAAAAAUCGAUUUUCAGUGUUUAACGGACAUCAACUUAACAAUACAAUACAGUUUUUUGCGAGUACCAGUAAUCUGUGGAAGUUCGAAUAUUCAUAUAUACCUUUAAGUUUUAUAAAUGUCACUGAACAUUUAGAUUUUAACAUGAGUAGUAUUCCAAAUGACAGGGUCAUAACAUUACCAUCUUCCAUAAAAGACGUAGAAAUGAGUCAUAUUUUCCGCACCGGUGAACCUGUAUUAUGGGUCAUACCGGAAAAUACAAGUGUAAGAAGUUUCGAUGUAUCUUUCUGUCAAACUGUUGAUCAGGGGAAAAUAUUGGCCGGUUCAGAAAUAGAUUAUAUGGACGUCACAGGAAUUGAUUCAAGAGUAAUUUUCGACACUCUGCAUUUGCAUCCACUAUCAAACCUCAGAACGCUGAUUAUAGAACACGCAAAUUUAUACAUCACAAGCAAGAUGCAGAAUAAUAUUUUCACUUUUAUACCAAGAACAGAAACACUUGACAUUUCUCACAACUUCUUAUGGGAGUUGAAUCUUAAUAUAUUUGAACAUAUGACAAUGUUAAGCUAUUUGAAUCUAUCAAAUAAUCUUUUUAGACAAAUUCCUUUGGCGAUCACAAAAAUAACAAAUCUCAAGGAACUGGAUGUGACCAAUAACCUUUUAACCAAUAUAAAUAUGUCCUUACUGGCUCAUUUCACACAGUUAAACGAAAAACACGGAUUCAAACUUAAUUUAGACAAUAAUGCACUUGCAUGUGACUGUACAAAUACUGACUUUAUUCGAUGGCUUGAUAAAACUAAUGUGACACUUGAUGCUAAUGGAACAUAUAAAUGUAUCCUUAAAAAUUCAACAGAAAUUAAUACACAUCACGCUGCAUUAUAUUUCAAUGAUUUGUAUGCAGGAUGUAACAGUAAAUUGUGGCUAAAAGCAGUACUCGGAGUGUUUGUGGCAUUUAUUGUGAUUUUCCUUUCUUUUAUGCUUGUUUACAGUUUCAGAUGGAGAAUUUCAUUUUAUUUAUACAAACGCUUUAGAAAUAUGCUAGAAAAGGGCAUUGCUGUAAAUUUUAAGUAUGAUGUUUUUGUGUUCUAUCCUGAAGGUGGCCUUUCAUGGGUAAAAUAUGUAUUAAUUCCCAAAUUAGAAAGAAAAUGGGGGCUUCAAAUGUGUAUACCUGACAGAGAUUUUAAUGUAGGAAAACCUAUUGCUGAUGAAAUUGCAGAUAACAUCGAACAGAGCAGGCAUAUAAUUUUUUUCGUAACAUCUUCUUUCAAACUUGAUUUGUGGGGUGAAUAUGCAAUAGAAAGAGCAAAAUAUCAUCACUUUUCACAAAAUUUACAGAAAAUAAUUGUUAUUACAAAAGAUUUAGAGUCAGAAGAAAUUCCACACGAAUUAGCAGUGUUGUGGAAAGACAUUGCUCUUGUUGAAUGGCCAAUGAACGAAAAAGAUCUUGAAAAUACAUGGAAUAAACUCAAACUAUGGCUUUUCUUAAAUCAACCUAAUUAAUGCUUAGCUAAACUGAAUUAAAGGCUGUCAUAUAAGAGGUAAGUGCGUGAUAUUGAGUCAGAAAUGGUUUUAAAUCGCUUGAAUUGUUAUUAUAUAUAUUUCAGUGAUUUUCAUUUCUUUACAAGGUUGCAUUAUUUAAUAACUUAUUAAUCUGUAAUAAAAAAUUCCCUAUUCCUUUUACUCGAAUGUAUUACUUAACAUUAUUGUUUACUGAUUUAGAACGAGAUUUCUACACAACAAUAUUUAUGUGUAUUUGCAAUAUUCGUAUCUAUUUCUGAUUAUUGAAAGAUUAAAAUUGUAUUUUGGGAAAUAAAGCCAUAUUCUAGUAGAUAUGAGAUAUAUUAAAAGGUGUAUAUAUGUCUAUUUUGCAUUUGCUAUUAUAUUUCAUUCUA